UAUAACCUAACCUCAAAAAACAAUUAAAAAUAAAAACAUGAAAUUAUUACAAAAUCCUAUGCAUUUAAAUGGUGUAAAUAUGUAUUAUAUUAUUAUUAGAGAACAAAAAAAUACUGAUAUCCCGAGAGUAUCUGAAUUAGUAAGAAAUGCCUAUAAUUCUAACAUAUUGAAUGCCUUUUAUGUUGCACUAUUCAAUGAAGCCACAUUCCAGAUAACGAUUCUGUUCUCAGCGAUAUUAUUUAUAUUUUUCCAUGUAAAGUUGAUCUAUUGCAUUUUUACUUUACCCCUAGUAUUAUUGUUAAUGUAUAUAAUUAUAUUUGGGGCCAUGACAAUGAAAUCGGCUCAGUUAAUGUACGAGAAAAAGCCAUUAAAAGCUUGGGUUGCUGAGGCAUAUGAACCCUACUUUUUUACAAAAGAUCCUAAUAACUGCUGGUACAAAAUUAUAAAGGAAGAAGAAAUAGAGAACAUAGAUAUAAAGCCUGAUGGUAGAAAAAGGAUAAUUGGUACUGUAGCAGUUAUGCGGCAUUUACAUCAACCAGACUGGGCCUGGAUGUUUAGAUUAGCAGUUGACAAAAGGUAUAGAAGAAAAGGUGUAGCUUUAAAUCUCACAAAAGUAGUUCAGGAAUGGUGUAAAAAUAACAAAUUUAAUCAUGUAGAUUUAGCUAUGACUGAGUGUCAAGAGGGAGCACGGCAACUGUUUGAUAAAGCAGGGUUUGAAAUAAAACAACUGUACCAUAAGAAACUUUUUACAAGAGCUUACAUGAUGCAAAUGUAUUUGUUAACGUGUGAAGUGCGCCCCACAUUUAAUUAAUUAAUAACAUUAGUCUCAUAUGGCUUAACAUGAUAAUGAAGUUAAAUUUAGAAUAUAACAAACUGAUAUAUCUUAUCAAUUUGUUACUUUUUAUGUGUUAAAUUUUCAUCUGAUUAUUUCUACUGGAAGACUUUUUUUUAGCUGGAUGCAGUGAUAUAAUAUUUUUUCAGUUAUAAAUCUAAGAUUCUUACCUAUACUCCGGUUCAGCUAUUAAGAAAACGUUUCCUAACUUGUGAAAGGCACAUAAAAUUGCAGGAAGGCAUAAUAAAAAAUAUAUUUUUCUUUGGUAACUUCCAAAAUCUCCUAGGAGGGGAAUAACAUCAUCAUAACUCAUAUUUGUUAAUACCUAAAAAAUAAAUAAGUUGUAUUUAGAAGGCCCAUAUAUUGUUGACUUAUCUAACCAAUUAUCUAUAGAUAGUGACCAAAAGAGAAACACUUAUCUUUUUAAAUAUUUGUCGUCACAAAGAACAUCUAUUAAGAUGUUAACAUUAAGGCAGGAAGUUUUCAAUUUUAGAAUGUAAUCUAAUAAUGUGUUAAGAAUGUACAAAACAGAAUUGUAUUAAAAAUAUGUUAUAUUUUUAGAAUACAUGUAAUGUUUUUUAUACAUGUUAAUAAAGAACAUUUGAAUAUAA